CAUACCCAAACUGGACAAUACUCAAACAAGCAAUCAGAGCAAUAAAUCACUAUUGGUCCGACUGAGCCGGGCUUUCAAGUAGGAGAAUCCGAGAAUGUCCAACUGACCCGACCCUGUCGAUUUGAGUCUAUUUUGCCCCCAAUAGUCCACCUUAUCCCUCGACUCAAAAAUCCCCAAAUCUUAAACCCCUUCUUCACCAAUCUUAAACCCUCCAAAUCCAAUGGAACAACCACUGACCCCAAACUCCAACCCCCAAAAACCCACCAAACCCACAGACCCAAAUGCCCUGAAGAAAAAGCUGCCCACCCCACAAGAGCUCAUCUCCCACUAUGAAUCCCAAGGGCUUGACACCCAAGAAGCCUCUCUCAAGGUCAUAGGGGACCUCCAGACUGCCCUGUUUAGGGUCAUAUCCUCUGGAAGAGGCAGAAAGGACAAGCUUUUGGCUGAGACUUCAAGAAAAGUUGACAACACCAACAACAGCCUUGCCAUUCUUAACAUGAAGCUUGACUCCAAGCCUGGCUAUGGUGAGUCUUUUGCUAUUGGGCUUGCUUCUGGGCUCACCUUCCAAGGCGUUCAGAGUGUUCUGCCUCAUGUAUUCAAGGGUUUUGGAGACAUUUGGAAUUCUGUCAGGAAUGUCGAAAAGGAAAAUCCUUGAACGGGUUUUCUUGUUGGGUUUCUGUUUUUACUUCUUUUCAAUGUAGGAUGUUCUCUUUCCCCUUUAUUUGGGGUUUUUUUUUUUUUUUUUUUUGUUUCUGGAUACUUGAACCUGUAGGGAAAAGGUGUGGGGAGAUGCAUUUUAUUGAUGUGAAAUGAGUGUAAUUUCCAUUGGAAAGUUGAUGUUACUCUUUGCCUCAGCAUAGUACAUUUGUAUG